UCUAGCUUGCGUCGCGAAACAUGAGAUAGCAGCAGCAGCAGCACCAUUAAAUUCAUUUGACUACGUUCAUUCGAGUAAGACACACACUAACUACACCCUCUCUAACCCAACACAAACAUGACACCACCACUCACUAGCACUAUAAAUCCCAAACCCGAGAGUGAAACCUCCUCUUUCUUUCAACUAACUUCUCUCUCUCUCUCUUUGGCGGCUCUCAAUUCUCCAACCCCCAACCCUAGUUCCAUUUUUUUUUAAUCCUAAAUCAUGCAUACUCCAGACACCUAGUUUCAUUUCAUCAUUACACGCACACCUUAUUUAUUUAUAUGGGAAAAAAAUCAAAUCAAUAGAGCCAGACAAGUGUUGUGUUGUUGAGGUUGAGGUUGAUGUUGGAGGGAGGAGCGAUAAUGGAGGAUUCGGCGGCGCAGAAGAGGAAGCAGCAAGAGUUUGCUCUAGCGUCGGUUUCCGAGGUGUCUUCGGCUCCUUCUUCUGCUUCGCCGGGGGUUGCUCUCUUUGCUGGUGACCGUCUUCAAAUUAGGAACGAAUCUCACCGUGUUGCUCUCAAUGCACACCUUUCAGAUAUUCAGCUAUUCAGAUUAGGUCCUAUUGAAUCGGUUUGCAUGGUGGAAGGGUCUGAGGCUGACAAACAGACAUCGUAUUCCAGUGGAGUCGCUAUACAGUUUAGAAAUGAGGAAGAGAGUGAGGCCUUCCAUUGUGUAUUCCAACAAUGGAAGAAGGGAUUCGAUGUUCAAGGAGGAAACUUACCUAAUGGAACUGAUGUAAUAACUUCUAAAAGCAAAUUUGAUGAAAAGAUAGAGCCAUCUUCUGCAAAAAUGUAUUUUCAUUAUUACGGACAACUUCUGCAUCAGCAAAAUAUGUUGCAGGACUAUGUGAGGACAGGAACCUAUUAUGCUGCAGUUCUUGAGAAUCGUGCAGAUUUCGUAGGUCGUGUAGUAGUUGAUGUUGGUGCUGGUAGCGGCAUUUUGUCACUAUUUGCUGCCCAGGCUGGUGCAAAACAUGUUUAUGCCGUGGAAGCAUCUGAAAUGGCAGAAUAUGCACGAAAACUUGUAGCUGGGAACCCAAUACUGGGUCAACGAAUUACAGUUAUUAAAGGCAAAGUUGAGGAUGUUGAAUUGCCAGAGAAAGCUGAUAUUCUAAUCUCUGAGCCCAUGGGCACCUUGUUAGUUAACGAAAGAAUGCUGGAGUCUUAUGUCAUUGCCAGAGAUAGGUUUCUCAUCCCUAAUGGGAAAAUGUUUCCUACAGUGGGAAGGAUUCACAUGGCUCCUUUCAGUGAUGAAUAUUUGUUUGUUGAAAUUGCUAAUAAGGCCCUGUUUUGGCAGCAGCAAAACUAUUAUGGUGUUGAUUUGACGCCCUUACAUGGGACUGCCUUUCAAGGAUACUUUUCUCAGCCUGUGGUGGAUGCUUUUGAUCCAAGGUUGUUAAUAGCUGCUCCUAUGUUCCAUGUGUUAGACUUUACCAAAAUAAAGGAAGAAGAGCUGUAUGAAAUUGACAUUCCUCUCAGAUUCACAGCCACUGUGGGUGCCAGGCUACAUGGGUUGGCAUGUUGGUUUGAUGUACUGUUCAAUGGAAGUACUGCACGAAGGUGGCUUACCACUGCCCCUGGUUCACCUACAACCCACUGGUAUCAGUUACGCUGUGUUCUCUCGCAGCCAAUAUAUGUCAUGGCAGGACAAGAAAUUACUGGCAGGAUGCACUUGAUUGCUCACACUGCUCAGAGUUAUACGAUCUUUUUAACAUUGUCAGCUAAAACGUGGGGUCCUGGUGCUGAACAAGGAGGGAUUCUUCAAACAUCAUCCUGUAAACUUGAUCUGAAAGAACCUUACUAUAGAAUGUCUCAACCACAAGCUUAUCCAUUAACCCAAGAUCAGCAACCUCAACCGUUUUUACAGACACAGGAUAUAGACAUCCAAUCUCAAGAUUUGGAUGAAGUGGAGAUAAUGCAACAGCCUUCGCCUAAGUCGUGUGCUCAGAUUGACUCCCUCAUGCAGAAUGCAUCAUAAGUUGAUGAAUACUAACGUGAACUUUCUGUUUGUAACAUGAAUCAUCCAGUUGGGGGAAUGUGUCCGUCUUUAUUUGGACAUGCCCCUUGCCUGUAAAUCAAUCCUGUAUUGAAUUCUUAAUUUAUCCAGCAAUACAUUGAAUCCUCAAGCCUGGUAAAAUUGAGAGCCUCUGUAAAAUUAUUUUUUAGGUAUUGAAUUUGCCUUUGUAAGGACUAUCAGGCUCACAUGAAGGGGAAAACGCCUUAUUGGUUUUAUGAGCAGGUGAAAAUAUUGCUUUUGCUAAUUAUUGAAGUUGAAGCCGAGUUGCUUUGUGUUAAAUGGAUUUGGUUUUCAAAUGAAAA